AUGAAUGAGGUAUUCCAGCCGUUCCUUCGUCAAUUUGUUGUUAUAUUCUUCGACGAUAUUCUUAUUUACAACAAGGAUUUGGCCCUUCAUCUUGAUCAUCUCCGCCAAGUAUUUGCCACUCUGCGUUACCACCACUUGGCGGUCAAACACUCGAAGUGCAACUUCGCCACGCCCACUAUCGAAUUCCUUGGACAUAUUGUUUCAGCACAUGGUGUCUCCGCUGAUCCUACAAAGCUUGAAGUCAGACGAAACCGGCCAAUCCCAAUUACGCUCAAGCAAGUUCGCGGCUUCUUGGGGUUGACCGGCUAUUAUCGUCAUUUCAUCCGCCACUAUGCGACUAUAGCUGCCCACCUCACGGACCUCCUCACCAAGGACGAGUUCACGUGGUGCGCACAAGCCGAGCAUGCCUACACCUCCCUCAAAGACGCUUUAAGUCAUGCCCCGGUAUUGGCACCGCCCGAUUUUGCCAUUCCCUUUAUUGUGGAGACCGACGCCAACGACGUAGGAAUUGGCGCAAGAUUGAUGCGAUCCGAGCAUCCAAAGGCCUUCUAUAUCCGCAAAUUUUCCCCCCCAUAUGCAUGGGACGGCAUGCACAAGGACAUCGCCAAGUUUGUCCAAGCAUGCGAUAUUUGCCAAAAGUGCACACCAAUGAACCAUCACCCCUACGAGUUACUUCACCCAUUGCUCCACCCGACUCAUUAUGGACCAAUCUCUCUAUGGACUUCAUCACACAUUUACCACCAUCUGCCGGAUAUACGGCCAUAUUAG